AUGGGUUACGCCUUCGACAAAUGCAAGGAGCGGCCUGCGCACAUUGACGAGAUCCUCAACGGCCUGAAUCGUUACAACCCUGAGACGACGACCACGUUUCAAGAAUACGUCAACCAGCAAUGUGAGGAGAAGUUCUUUGACGCAUAUGCAUGCCUGGCGCUACUCAAACUAUACCAGUUCAAUCCUCAACUUCUCCAUCCCGAGACCGUCACAAACAUCCUUGUCAAAGCCCUGACUGUCUUCCCUUCGCCUUCAUUCUCCCUUUGUCUUGCGCUUCUCCCUCCCUCUACGAUUCCCUACAGCCCGGGCAACACCUCGAUCCCCACCACCGACCUCACCGAGUCAAUACAAAAGCUGACCCGACUAAACACACUAUUGGAAUCCGCCCAGUACGAGGCUUUCUGGUCUACACUAGAAUCAGACGAUCUGUACUCAGACCUCUACGCAGAUGUUGUCGGAUUUGAAGAUUUGGUCAGAAUACGAAUUGCGGGAGAAGUGGGGAAGACCUUUCGACAAAUCGACUUGGGAGUGUUGAGCGGUUGGCUGGAUCUGAGAGGCGAUGCCUUGACGAAAUUUGCCCAAACUGCCUGUGGAUGGCGAGUCAGUGGACAACAGGUGGACAUUCCGGCGAAUGCAGAGAACGAAGCUAAAAGUGAAACUAAGGGUGAAAGAGUUGGAGUGGAUAUGUUUGGACGGGUGUUCAGGAGAGGCUAUGAGGCGCCUGCUUGA